UAUUUAACCAAAAAGAAAAAAAACUCAAAGCCGACUUCCUUGAAUUUAAAAACGCAAAACCCCGUUGAGAUAAGGUGGUCCGGUCCGGUUUUAUAAGACUUUUUUCCUUGUUUUUUUUUUUAUUAUUAUUUCAAUUUUCCGACAUAAGGCAAAUUCACGAUUCCAAAAACUCACAGUUGCACUUCUCUUCGUCUGUCUGCAAGUUUUUGUCAUCUGAAGGCUGAAGCUAUGGAGGGUAAAAACGGAAAUCUGGAGGCGGCGAUUGACCAGUUGCUUAAUGUUGAGAAGCAGAUGCGACUCGCUGGCGAUGUCUCCGGGACCAAGAAAGCGGUCACCGAAAUUUUGCAGCUUUGCUUUGAAGCUAAGGAUUGGAAGUCUCUAAAUGAACAUAUCGUUAAUUUGUCCAAGAAACGAGGUCAACUUAAGCAGGCAGUGACUGCGAUGGUUCAGCAAGCAAUGCAAUACAUUGAUGGGACUCCAGAUCUUGGAACUCGUAUAGAGCUCAUCAAGACCCUGAACAGUGUGUCUGCUGGAAAGAUUUAUGUUGAAAUUGAGAGAGCAAGACUGAUAAAGAAACUUGCUAAGAUUAAAGAAGAACAGGGCCUUAUUGCUGAAGCUGCUGAUUUGAUGCAGGAAGUUGCAGUGGAAACUUUUGGUGCCAUGGCAAAAACUGAGAAAAUUGCCUUCAUUCUUGAACAAGUUCGCCUCUGCUUAGAUCGCCAGGAUUAUGUUCGUGCUCAAAUUCUUUCCAGGAAGAUUAGUCCUAGAGUAUUUGAUGCUGACACCUCUAAGGAAAAGAAGAAACCAAAAGAAGGUGACAAUGUUGUAGAGGAGCCUCCUGCUGAUAUACCUUCAUUAUUGGAGUUGAAGCGUAUCUACCAUGAACUGAUGAUACGGUAUUACUUUCAUAUCAAUGACUACCUUGAAAUUUGCCGUUGCUAUAAGGCAAUAUAUGAGAUUCCGUCCAUCAGGGAGAACCCAUCUCAGUGGAUUCUGGUCUUGAGAAAAAUCUGUUGGUACUUAAUCCUGGCCCCACAUGAUCCAAUGCAGUCAAGCCUUCUUAAUUCCACAUUGGAGGAUAAGAAUCUUUCUGAGAUUCCAAAAUUUAGGUUGCUGUUGAAACAGUUAGUUACAAUGGAGGUUAUCCAGUGGACGUCCCUUUGGAAUUCUUAUAAGGAUGAAUUUGAGAAUGAGAAGAACAUGUUUGGAGGCUCUCUGGGUUACAAAGCUGCAGAAGAUUUGAGACAGAGAAUUAUUGAGCAUAAUAUCCUUGUUGUUUCAAAGUACUACUCUAGGAUUACCUUGAAAAGACUUGCGGAGUUGUUGUGUCUCACUAUCCAGGAAGCCGAGAAGCAUCUUUCUGAAAUGGUGGUGUCCAAGGCACUGGCGGCAAAGAUCGACCGACCAAUGGGAAUAGUCUGCUUCCAGGUAGCACAGGAUAGCAACGAAAUUCUCAACUCAUGGGCUGUGAACUUGGAAAAACUUCUUGAUCUUGUUGAGAAGAGUUGCCACCAAAUACACAAAGAAACCAUGGUUCACAAAGCUGCUCUAAAAGUAUGAAAAUCAUGAUAUUCAAUUAUUCACCAAUUGCUGGUAGUAGCCUCUCUUUGUCACUUUUUACUUCAUGUCUCUAUGUUGGCAUACAAAAGCUGUAAUCACAAAAUUAACAUUUCUUUCGAAUGAUGGCUUUUAGAAUAUCAUCAUCUGGAGGUUGGCUAAGUUGAACUGUGUUUUUGAGUGCAAGGAAGUGGUCUAAUUGCAGGUGAAAUGUGUUGCAUGCCUUCAUUGGCUUUUUCUGAAAGUUCACUCUGGUUGCUCAUACCUUUCUGAAACUGGUGCUGUUUUCAUAGCAGUGGGAGGAAAACAAUGAAGUUCACUUGUUAUUUGUAUUAUUAAAUCUUCAUUAUUUACGACAUCCCCGAAUUUGGUUCACUAGUGUAUUUUUUUGAGCUUUUCACCAUUGUUUGUAUUCUUGCUUCAUUUUCCUAGUGGUGAGCUAAUCAGUAUCUCGAUGAUUUUCAUACUUAGAAAGUAGAUUUGAUAAUUCAUGUAUUUAUAUUUAUUUAUUUCAUAUUUAAUACAUGUAAAGUACGAAAAUUAUUAUAUU